CGAAAGCAAGCAGGAGCAGAAUGGCUGCGGACAGCUCAUUACUAUUGGCCUUAGUAGAGGAAUUCGUUACCGGGCAGCAAGACACGAAAGCUGCCGACACCGUCAAAGGAGUCAAGAGCGGACAGUUCACAGUUCUGCAGCUUGUGGAAGCUCUGGGCCUGAGUCUGACCAGUUCUCAGCAUGAGACGCGAGCGCGAGGAGUUAAACUGCUGUCAGAGGUGCUGCAGGAGACACACACACACCUCAACGAGAGAGAAGUGGAGGUCUUGGUGGUGUUCUAUGAGAACCGGCUGAAGGAUCACUACGUCAUCAUCCCCCCCGUCCUACAGGGACUCAAGGCUCUGACCAAGUCGUCUGCGCUGCCUCCAGGCUCUGCUGUCUCCAUACUCAAGUCAGUGUUCCAGGACACACACGUACAGUCUCUGAUGAUCCAGGAGCGAUCGUGUGUGUACAGCAUCCUCAUCAACCUCAUGGAGUCUCGGGAGCAGGAGCUGAAGGGUUUGGGUUCGGACUUCGUGUUCGGUUUUGUCCAGUCGAUGGACGGCGAACGCGACCCCCGAAACCUGCUGCUGGCAUUCCGCAUCGCACAGCAGAUACUCCACAGAGGAUACAACAUGGGUAAAUUUUCAGAGGAGUUGUUUGAAGUCACAUCCUGCUACUUCCCCAUUGACUUCACACCGCCACCUAAUGACCCCCAUGGCAUAAAGCAGGAGGACCUGGUGCUGUCCCUCCGAGCUGUGCUGACCGCAACGCCGCUCUUCGCUGAGUUCCUGCUGCCCCUCAUCAUUGAGAAGUUGGAUUCUGACGUCAAGACGGCCAAAGUGGACGCCCUGCAAACACUGGCUGCCUGUGCCCCUGUGUACGGUCAUAAAGAACUCUCUCCAUUCCUCACCGGACUCUGGAGCUCACUACGUAGAGAGGUGUUCCAGACGGCUAGUGAGCGUGUGGAGGGUUCCGCUCUGUCUGCUCUGAGCGCGCUCACUGGGUGUCUCUCCAGGGCGGUCCUCAACUCCAAUACGGAAGACGCGCUACACACACUCCUGGAACUAGUGCUGAAAGAUUGUCAGCAUCACUUGUCUGAGCCGGAUCUGAAGUUGGUUUGGCCCAGCGCUAAAAUACUGCAGGCAGUGGCAGGAGCAUCAUAUAGGGCGUGUCAGAAGGUGGAAUCAGCUGUGCUGCCAUUACUGCUGGACCAAUACACAACCAGGACUCAGAGUUCUCAGCGCCGCACCCUGCUGGAAGUCUUGCUGGGAUUCGUCCAACCCACUGAAGCCAGCACACCUGCUGAGGACGAGGAGUGUGUUCUGGUUCCCUUCUCCUCGCCGCUGUGUGCGGUCGUCUUCUCUGCUCUCAGCGAAUCAGGAGCCGCCACGCAGAUCACAGCAACACGCAUACUCACCGCACUCGCCAAACACCCAGGUGUGUUGAGUCCUUCUGAUUUGGAGUUGGCUGUAGAUCACCUGACAACCCUCAUCAUACGAGAAGCAGACCACAACGUCAGUUCUGCAGUAGAGGAGUGUGUGUGCAGUUUGUCUCCUCUUCACCCCUCGGCUUUCUCCACCCGGAUGCUGCCCAAACUCAAAGAGCACAUCUCAACAGAGCCCAUGGUGCAGGGUGACGCCCCCAUAUCCCACAAUGCACUUCGUCAGCGGUGUGUGAGCGCCCUCGGUCGCUUAGCAACAGACCCCAGCCUACUGCAGGAGAGCACACACACGCUACUCAACACACUCACCACAGGUAACGUGUCUCUGUCAGCUGAUGACAUCAUCAUCGUGUGCCAAAGUCUUCAGAGGAUAGCGGAACACGCCCCUCUCACGGACGACGCCAUUGGACGAUUCUUCCAUGAUGUCAUCACGCCGCGACUUCUAGGAUUGACCGUCCAGGCAGCAGUGCAUGAUGAAGAGGGGCGGAGCCAUAUGACGGAGGAGGCGGUCCUAACAUCUGUCGCUCAAAUCAUCAGCACGACAUGCUCACGCCUAAACACAGAGUGUGCGGUGUCGAGUGUGUCUCGGUGUGUGUCCCUCUUCCUGGAUGGAGAUGUUUCCUUCCUGCCCGAAAACAACCUGUCCCCCAACCUUCAGCUGCUCAAGGAGGCUCCGUCUCAUCUCCUCUCCCAACUGGUGUGUCUCCUCACCGCCAGUGUGUGUUCACUACCGCGCAGUGUGGAGAUCCCGGAGAUUGACAGGAUGCUGGAGGCAUUAGAAGACGUCAGCUGCACACACACACACCCCUUCACACACACGUCAGCAGCCAAGUGUUACGCAGGGAUCAUCAACAAGAGACCAAGCGGCCCUGCUCUAGAUGCUGUGUUGGAUCGCUGUGUGAAGCGCAUCAGUGGUGAACUGGACAACAGCGCCUCCUCUCUACGGAUACAAGCACUCACACUGCUGAUAUGGGUAACGAAGGCUCUUCUGCUGAGAUAUCAUCCCCUCUCAACAACCCUCACAGACAAGCUCUUCAUGUUGCUAGGCGACCGGUCGCUAGGGUCUCUGGUUGCCGAGGGCUUCAGUCUGCUGAUGAGUGACUCUGUUGAGGUUCUGAACCGCCGUUUCCAUAGCGACGUCCGCAUCAUGUACCGACAACGCUUCUUCAACGAGAACCACAACAAACUGGUAGAGGGAUUUAACACAGCACCCCCAGAAGAGAAAGCUGGCUACCUGAAGGCUUUGUCCCACAUCAUGAACCAUCUGCCACGAGAAGUGCAGACCACAGAACUGCCUGCACUGCUGCCGCUCUUCCUAGAGGCGUUGCUGUGUCCUGACGUGUGUGUGCAGCUCUCCACCCUCUCCUGCCUCCAGCCAAUCACGCGAGACCCUCCCACCGCCUUAACCAAUCAGCUGGAGGCAUUGAUGCCCCGCCUCCUCGCCCUCACCACCAGCCCUGCCAUGCAAGUGCGUAUUGCGUCUCUUCGCUGCGUCCAUGCCCUCUCCUACCUGCCGGAUCACAUGGUUCUGCCGUUUCGAGCGCGCGUGCUAAAGGCGUUAGCGACGCCGCUGGAUGACAAGAAGAGACUCGUGAGGAAGGAGGCGGUCACAGCACGAGGAGAAUGGUUCCUGUUGGGAAGUCCUGGAAGGUGAAGCUGAAGGCCGAGAGCGACAGAAGGGGGAGAGAGGAAGUGUGUGUGUGUGUGUGUGUGUGUGUGUGUGUGUGUGUGUGUGUGUGUGAGAGAGAGAGAGGAAGUGUGUGUGUGUGCGCGCGUGAGAGAGAGACAAGGUGUGUGCGCGUGCGCGAGAGAGAGAAAGUGUGUGUGUGUGUGAGAGAGAGAGAAAGUGAGUGUGUGUGCGAG